GGAGCCACUCGGGCUAGCUGGCUAGCGAGGUCCGACUCUGCCCCCCCGCCCCCACCCCCGACCCAAAAAAGUUGUUUACCUCCACUUGUGGAUGUGGUCGCCCCGCGAGUUUUUGUCCACUUUUCUCUGGGACACGAAGGCAAGGACCAAAAGUUCACCCUGGAUCUAAGCGCGGCGGCUUUUGGGAAACGAGCAGGAUGUCGAGCGAACUUGAAAGCGGUCACUUGGACUCCACUUUGACAGCGGCGGCCGCGGCGAGCUGCGGCGCAUCCGACCAGCAGAAGCCGACCCCCCAAAGCGACAAGUCCGCGGAGGCUCAGCGGGCCGGCGCGGCGGAAGCGCCCGGAGCCGAGGAAGGCGACGGCGAGCCGAGCCUCGACGCCGACGGGGCGGCCAAGAAAGUCGUCGCGGCUCCGCCGCCCAAAGUCAACGCGUGGACCCGCAGGACGACGGGCAGGGUGCCGCUGCACAGCGUCCACCCGUCGGCCUCGCAGGACAGAGAUCAGCAAAACGCUCUGAAGGUCAUCCGUGCCAGCAAACCCAGAACCAGAAAAUCCAGCAAGUCGGGUGACUUUGGCGACAUCACAAACUGGCCGACGCCCAGCGAACUGGCCAAGGAGCGGCAACAAAAUGUGGUGAACAACAAUAACAACAGCAGCAGUGGCGGCGGCGGCGGCAAGAAGCCGGCGUCAUCCCGCCGGGACAAGGACAAGAAGCGCGAGCGACCCGACAGGAAGUCCGAGAGCAGCCAUGAUGGCGGAGGAGGGGGAGGCGGCGGCGGCGAGAGCAAAGAGAACCGCGAGACGCCGCCGCCGCCGCCGCCGCAGCAGCAGCCUCGACCGGAGCCGCCGGACGCCGACGGAGACGCCAAGGCGGGACAGGACGCCAAAAGCGGCAGUCCCAAGAAGAGAGGAGGUUGGAGGAGGGAACCCCGCGACUUUGGGGACGACGCGGCCAGCGUGAGGAGCGACGGAGGCGGCGGCGGCGGCUUCCGCGGCGCCGCCCGAGGCCGAGGCAAAGGGCGCGGGCGCGGGAGAGGUCGCGGCAGAGGUCGCUUUGAGUACUCGCAGGGCUUCCGCGACGGGACAGACGGCUCGGACGGCGCCGCCUCCGAGUUCAGCAGCGGCGGCAUGGUUUACUACUACGACGACGGCAACAAAGUGCAGAUGUACACGGUGGACGAGAAGCUUCUCAAGGAGUACAUCAAACGACAAAUCGAGUACUACUUCAGCUUGCACAACCUGGAGCGAGACUUCUUCCUUCGGAGGAAGAUGGACGCUCAAGGCUUCCUGCCCAUCUCGCUCAUCGCCAGCUUCCACCGCGUCCAAGCGCUCACCACCGACGUGAGCCUCAUCGUGGAGGCCCUGAAGAACAGCAAGGAAGUGGAGCUGAUGAACGACAAGGUGCGCUGCAAAGUGGAGCCCGAGCGCUGGCCCAUCCCCACGCCGCCCGCCGUGGGGUCGCCCAGGACGACGGACUUCUCGCAGCUCGUUCACUGUCCCGAGUUCGUUCCCCGACAGAGCGUCGCCGUCGCCAACGCCGCUUCACCGCCCGUGAAGGAAACCCCCACCGAACCCGCGACGUCUCAAGAACCCGCAGAUGAGCCCUCAACUUCCGGACAGGAGCCAGCCACGGGGGCUGACACCCCAAAAGACGCUCCCGAUGCCUGGAUCCAGGUGGAGAAACGUCACCGACACGCCUCCGGCAAAGCAAAGGACCGCGGCGAGGCUCCGCCGCAGCAGCACCACCACGGGCGCGUCUCCACCGUCGCCCCGGAGGCCGACCAGGAGGAGCUGGACUUCAUGUUCGACGAGGAGAUGGAGCAGAUGGCGCCGCGCAAGAACCAGUUCACCGACUGGUCGGACGACGACGACUCGGACUACGAGCUGGACGAUCAGGACGUCAACAAGAUCCUGAUCGUCACGCAGACGCCGCCGUACGUUCGAAAGCACCCCGGCGGCGACCGCACCGGCAACCACGAGUCGCGCGCCAAGCUGACCGCCGACCUGGUCAAGGCCAUCAACGACGGCCUUUAUUACUACGAGCAGGACCUGUGGAAGGGAGCCGAGCAGACCGAGUGCACCAAGCAGGAAGUCGAGAACUUCAAGAAGCUGAGCGUCAUCAGCCAGGACGAGUUUGACACUCUUACGCCCAAAGUAGCCGUGGACCCCGAUCAGGAAGUGCCGUCCCUGCCCGCUGCCGUGCCCAGCGACACGGAAAUGGCUCGAUCGUUGCCCAAAACGGUGCCGGAAUCGCCCAUUGCCCACCAGCCCAGGACCCCGAGGACACCGCGCACCCCAGGGCGCCAGGACCCCACCAAGGCGCCGCGCUUUUACCCCGUGAUGAAGGAGAGCGGCUCCGUGGAUGGACAGAUGCCCAGGAAAAAGAAGACCCGGCACAGUUCCAACCCACCGCAGGAGGCGCACAUCGGCUGGGUGAUGGACUCACGCGAGCACCGGCCGCGGUCCGCCUCCAUCAGCAGCUCCAACGCGUCUCCUUCCGAAGGGGCCCCGCUGACGACAGGUUACGGCUGCACGCCGCAGUCGCUGCCCAAGUUCUGGCACCCGUCGCACGAGCUGCUGCGCGACAACGGCUUCACGCAGCAGGGCUACCACAAGUACAGACGACGAUGCCUGAACGAGCGUAAGCGGCUUGGCGUCGGCCAAUCGCAGGAGAUGAACACCCUGUUCCGGUUCUGGUCCUUCUUCCUGAGGGACAACUUCAACAGGAAGAUGUACGAGGAGUUCAAACAGUACGCCCUGGAGGAUGCCAAAGACAACUACAGGUACGGCCUGGAAUGCCUGUUCCGGUAUUACAGCUAUGGCCUGGAGAAGAGGUUUCGCUUGGACCUGUUCAAGGACUUCCAGGAAGAGACCCUGAGGGACUUUGAGAGAGGUCAGCUGUACGGCCUGGAGAAGUUCUGGGCCUUCCUCAAGUACUCCAAGAUGAAGAAUCAGACCAUCGACCCUAAGCUGAAAGAACACCUCUCCCAGUUCAAGAACCUGGAAGACUUCAGGGUGGUGCCCCCCAUGGGAGAGGAAGGAGGCCGGAGGAGAUGCCACUCGUCAGCGGCGGGGGAUGAGGGCAGGCGUCGCCGUCAUCCCUCCAACUCUACCUCAAAGUCGAUGCAGGCGUCCUCCAAAGCACCACCGACGCACCACAAAGACGGAGGCGCCCAGAAGAAGAAGGCGGACGAGCCCAAAUCGGGAAAGAAGGACACGGAAUGAAGAUGGCGAGCGCGCGUUGACCUGAUGUGGUGUUUGCGGCACGUCAAUACAAAGCCGCCGUCUGGAUUGUCUACGCAAACGUUUACAACAUCAGAUGCAUUCCGUGCAUUUUGAUCCUCACUUUUGCCAAACUCGAUCGAUCCUCACUUGAUCUGUAAACUGCCACUGCGGCCGCCCUCCUGUGCCUUAAUCUUUUUCGCCCCCGCUUAAAUGUACUUUUAUUUUUCUAACGUCUUUUAAAGGUUCAUCGGAUUAAAAGAAAUUAGAUAUGCAUUUUAAUUGUGACAAUCAUGUCGACACUUUUAAUUCAAAUACAUUUUAUGCCACCCGCAAGCUUUAAAAAGUCCCUUCUGACAUAAUUUAUUCUUUUACUUCUGGUCGUUAUCGACUUGAUUGAUGGUGUGGUCAUGACUUUUUGCUUCAUUAUAGAAUAAUUUCUGCUGGAAUUAUGGGAUUGAGCUAGCCACGGAAAGAAAACCUAAAGUGGUUUUCCUUUUUUUUUUUUUUUUGUUCAAAGUUUACUGGAUAUUACGCUUUAGGCUUUUUUGUGCUUUUAGUGCACUUAAAUUGCUUUUUCUUAUUUUCAUUAUUGCUUCAAUGGACUUAAAAUUGAGGUUUUAAAGUUGAAUUAAAGAAAAAAAUGUAAAUACUAUAUAAAAAAAAUCUUUGGCUAUUCAGUUAUUCUUUGAUUUUAGGAAGUGAUUUGUCAGUAGCGUUUUUUUGGAGUGUUUUUUUUUUGUGGGUGGGGGGGAAAGUAAUGCAUGUUAAUAUCUUGAAUUGUACUGUAAAAAUGCCCAAAAAAUAUUAAAUAAAAAUCGAUUGUAUAAAUGUA